GAAGUUUGUCCCUCCGCUGCUUCCGUUCUCUCUGACAGCAGCAGCAGCAGUAAAGAUGGAGAGAGACACUACGGUCCGCAGAAUCAGACCCCAGCAGAACCAGAACCAGACCGGGCCGGACUGCGGCGACGAAGCGGCGGCGCCGAACGGCCUCCGGAGACGCAAACCCAAGCCGGAAGUGAGCUCCGGGCUGCUGCGCGAGAGUUCCGCCGCGCUGCUGCUGCUGGGCUUCGUGGUUCUGCUGUGGGUUCUGGUUCUGCUCUCACUGCAGCAGCUCAUCAUCAGCAGCCCGGGACUCUUCAACGCUCCGCGGGCCAGGAAGCACCUGGAGCGGAUCACGAGCGUCGGGCCGAGGACCGUGGGAAGUCCAGAGAACGAGAUCACGACGGUGAACUACCUGCUGGAGCAGAUCGAGCAGAUCCGGAGCGAGAGCCGGACCGGUCCUCACUCCAUCACCGUAGACGUCCAGCGGCCCACCGGCUCCUUCAGCAUCGACUUCCUCGGAGGAUUCACCAGCUAUUACGACCGAGUGACCAACAUCGCGGUCAAACUGGAGCCCAAGACCACGGCACAGCACUUCAUGCUCGCUAACUGCCACUUCGACUCGGUGGCUAACAGCCCGGGAGCCAGUGAUGAUGCCGUCAGCUGCUCCGUGAUGUUGGAGGUUUUGCAUUCUCUGGCGAAUCUCUCCGCUCCGCUCAAACACGGCGUCAUCUUCCUGUUUAACGGAGCCGAGGAGAACAUCCUGCAGGCCAGUCACGGUUUUAUUACCCAGCAUCCCUGGGCUCAGCAGGUGCGAGCGUUCAUUAACCUGGAGGCGGCAGGAGUGGGCGGGAAAGAGGUGGUGUUUCAGACAGGUCCGGAGAACCCGUGGCUGGUCCAGGCGUACGUCCGCUCCGCCGUCCAUCCGUUCGCUUCAGUCGUGGGUCAGGAGGUGUUUCAGAGCGGCGUUAUUCCCUCGGACACUGACUUCCGCAUCUACAGGGACUUCGGAAAUAUUCCUGGGAUUGAUCUGGCCUUCAUAGAGAACGGUUUCAUCUAUCACACUAAAUAUGACACUCCCGAGCGAAUCCACACCGACUCCAUCCAGAGAGCAGGUGACAACAUCCUGUCUGUGCUCAAACACCUGCUGAUGUCAGAGGAGCUGGCCGACUCUUCAGCGUAUCGCCACGGUAACAUGGUGUUCUUUGACCUGCUGGGCGUUACCGUGGUAGCGUAUCCCGCUCGCGUCGGCACCAUCAUCAACCUCAUGGCCGCCGUCGCCACGGUGAUCUACCUGGGCAGGAAGUGCAGGAUGAGCAGCGCUGCAGUUGAAUCGAUAAGAGUCCUAAUCAACAGAAUGAGCUCCAAUCCGAGCGGUACUAAUGUAACUGAUGUGUGUGUGUGUGUGUGUGUGUGUGUGUGUGUGUGUGUGUGUGUGUGUGUGUGUGUGUGUGUGUGUGUGUGUGUGUGUGUGUGUGUGUGUGUGUGUGUGUGUGUGUGUGUGUGUGCGCGCGCAGGCGGCCGGUACCUGCGUGAGCUGGCGUGUGCGGUGUGUGUGUGUGUGAUGAGCUGGUUCGUGACUCUGCUGACCGUUCUGAUCGUGGCGCUGCUGGUCACCCUCGCCGGACGCUCCAUGUUCUGGUACACACACUUCUACGCCGCUGUGUGUUUGUACGGAUCCGCCGCCGCGGGAAAGAUCCUGCUGAUCCACACACUCGCCAGGAACCUGUACUACGGGGGUGUGAGCGGCGUGGAUCUGGCCGAGCGCUUCUUUGACGUAGGUCUGUUGUUGUGGUGCGGUGUGCUGCUCUUCUUCACUCAGCGAGGCUUGUGUUCGGCGUAUGUGCCCAUGAUGAUGGUCGUCUUCCCUCUCGCCGGCAAACUGCUGCUCUCCGGUCACUUCAGAGCCCGAGGGGCGUCUCUGCAGUACUCUGUCCUGUAUCUGAUGGGUCUCUCCGUGCCGUACGUCCACAUCAUGUUCCUCAUCUGGGUGGUGUUUGAGAUCUUCACACCCAUCCUGGGCCGUAGCGGAACCGAGAUCCCGCCCGACGUGGUUCUGGCUUCACUCAUCACCCUCGCCACCGUCAUCCUGUCCUCAUACUUAAUGCACUUCAUCUAUCUGAGCCGCAGCACGAAGCGGAUCUUGGCCGGUCUGGGCUCAGUGUUCGCUCUGAUGUUUGUCCUGGUCUGCUGUGGUCAGUUCUUCCCGUACUCCGCUGACCCGUCCAGCCCCAGGCCCAAGCGCAUCUUCAUCCAGCACAGCACGCGUGUGUUUCACGCUCCGGACGGCUCGGUGCAGCGGUCAGACUCCGGUCUGUGGAUCAAUAGUCUGGACUACAGCGGGAUGCAGCACGUCACGCCUCUGGUUCCUGAGAUCAACGACAGCGUCCGCUCGCGCUGCUCCGAGCAGCUGCCCUACUGCGGCUUCCCCUGGUUCCUGCCGGUCAAGUUCCUGGUCAAGAAGAACUGGUACCUUCCCGCUCCUCCGGUCGCUCCUCGAGAUCCGCUCGAGUUCAAGCUCUUGUCCAGACACGAGAACGAGUGGGGAAGCGUUAAAAUCAGCUUCCAGGCCAAAGGUCCGACUCACAUGUCUCUGUACGUGCGUCCUGCCGCCGGAGCGUCUCUGAUUGGCUGGUCGUUCGGAGACGGGACGCCGAGCUUCGAUCUGAGCGGAGAGUACUUCAUCUUCUACUCUCACGGCCUCGGGGCCCCGGCCUGGAGCUUCUGGUUCGAGGUCCAGCGCUCCUCAGACGCGUCUCCAGACGAGGAUCUGAUCUCUCUGGCCAUCUCCUCUCAUUACUUCUCCGGUCCGGACCGCCGCUCCGAGCCCCUCGAGGCUUUACUCCAGAGAUUCCCGGCCUGGGCCUUUCCUUCAGCCUGGGUCAGCACGUACCACAUGUACAGAUACUGACACACACACACACACACACACACACACACUCUCACUCACUCACUCACUCACUCACUCUCUCACACACACACACACACACACACACUUUACUGCAGACCCAUCAACUCCACACCAGCUCCUUCAUUCACAAACCAACUGACGGUGCUUUUAUUUCAUUUUUUAUUCAUUUCAUUAUUUUAUUGUAUUUCAUUUUUUUUUUUUACUUUUUUGUUUCUUUGUAUUUUUAUUUUAUUUGUCUGGGUUUGUACUUCAACAUAAAAUCGAAAGAAAGACGUUAAAAUUAAUUUAGCAUUAUGAUUACUAAACCUUACCUAUCAGACAUUAUGACAUAUUUUCUUUAUGACAAUUGAACACGUUUCGCCCCAAAUUUUUAUUUGAAUUAUAUUUUUAUUUUAGAAUCCUCAUUGUUUUAUUGAGACAAUACAAUGGUUUAAAUAUUGUUUAAUUAACUUUUUUGUAAUUCUCAUUUUUGUUUUUAAUUUUGAUUCUUAUAAAUUAAAUACCAUAAUUUACUAUAUUCAAAAAUAAAUAUUUAAAUCAUUGUAUCAGGGAAAAAGCAUAUUAUAAAAACCAUUUUUUUAAUACUAAAAAAUACUUUUGCUUUUGUUUCUAAUAAUAUAAUUUUUUUAUAUAAUUUUUUUAAUGUUGUAUAUUUAUUUUGAUAAAGUACAAAAUUAUUUUGAUAAUAAAUAUACAAUAUUUUUUACAAUAUAAAAAAAAUAUUAAAAAAUCAAAUAAAUAAAAGAUAACAAUUUUUUUUAACAAGUAAUCAGAAUUUUGAAUCGGGUCUUUAAUUGUCAUAAAAACAAUCAAUAAUGUCUGAACAGUUCAGAUUUUUUUUGUGUGUUUAUUUGGACUGAUAUGAGCGACGGACCUGAUGAUGUCAUUUCCUGUUCAUGAUCUUGUGUCAAAUGUCCUUCUGGCAUGAAAAGGACUAAUGCAAGUGUUUUUCCUCGUUCUCUCUCUCUUAUGCAACGUUAUUGUCAGGCUGAGUUCAGAAACACGGUAUUACCGCAGUAAACGCUCCUCAAUGUGCUCAAAACCCAAGUGCUUUUUUUAUUUAUUCAUGUUUGAUUAUUUAUGUUUAAAUGGGAGAUAAAAUGGUUUAAAUGUUCUUCUUCUGGACUGAACUGGAUUUGAAGCCUUAAGCUUUAACCAUAACUAACCGUUAUUAUUAAUACAGUAAAAUUACUGUAAGUCCUAUACAAUCUUUGUCCUUUUUCUGAGAUUUUUAUCUUCAACUUUCGAGCCUGAGCACUGAGAAACGUUUCUCCGUCGCAGAUUCGAGAUGAAUGUGGAAAUCAGACGAAUGUUUAAUUAAUGCUGUUCAUGACUAACGAACCUACGGUGAUCUCGUUGUUUUGUGAUGAAAGUGGACAUGAAUUGUGAAUGACAGGCUGGUCUUGAACGGUUUAACCGGGUUCUUCACUAACUAACUAGUGUUACACCUGCAUGUCUGACUUGAGCAAACUAAAGCAAUGAGACGCAAACGCUGCACAUCGCUGUAAAAAUACAGUCGUUAAUACUGUGAUCACGUGACAAAGCUGUAAAUAUUUUUGAUAACGUUUAAUUUUUCAACUAGUCAUAUUCUGAAAUGUUUUCUCGUCACAUAAACGCUGUAGCGUUGAUCUCCACAAACCACUUGAGUCAUUGUUUAAUCCUUUAUUAAUGUGUUUUCUGUGUCAUUUCUAAUGUUCUGAUUCAUGUUUAUCUAUCAUUUGCUGAUCUGUAUUGUUCUUCUGAGAUGAAUAUAAUUUCUAACAAAUUCA